AUGAUUAGCCAGCGAGUCGCGCUCGAGGCGUUACUCGGCCUCUUACAAGCGUCCGCCUUGACAACUGCAAUCCUCUGCGUCUAUAUCGUCUAUAGCGUCGGCUGGCGAUAUUUCAGAUGGCGAAGUUGGCUUCCAGGCGUGCCAGGGCCUGCCAAUCCUUCCUUCUUUCUCGGGAACUGGGCCGACUUCGCAGUGAGUCGUGGCGCGAAGGGCUGAAUUUUGCUCGCCCGCCUUGCCUGCUGACCGACGUGCUUCGCCCGUCGAUUCAGGAUGAGGAUCUCUGCGACUUGUUCCUCAAAUGGAGCCAAAAGUAUGGAGGCAUGACAAAGAUGUCGGCGUUCAUGGGAGUGAGUGACAGCUGUCUUGGUAACAGCUCGUUGGGCACCGCGGCUCGCUCGACCACAUGCUCGCCUGCGCAGACUGAUCUGCUCCGAUGCAACAUAUCGCACAGGAAAAGCGCUUGGUGGUGACGGAUCAUGUAGCUCUCAGGCACAUUCUGGUCUCGCGUCCUUACGCGUACCCCAAAGGCGUGGAUACGGCUAGGGUUCUGACAAGCCUUAUGGGCGCGGGACUGCUGGUGAGCGAAGGAGAUGUGCACAAGAGACAACGCAGGGCCAUCGAAGCUGGAAUGUCGCCUGCGUCCAUCAAGCGACUGGGUCCAGUAUUCAUGUGAGUGCAGCUAGCAAGGGCGCUGCGACCUGGUAGCUACUUCGAGGACUCACCUUGUCCGCUUUGGGGAACCUCUCCUCGCAGCUUCUAUGCUCGGCGCCUGCGCCACAAGUUGCUGCAACAUGUGGACAAGGAGCUGCGGACUGCCAGAACCAAACCCGCGGGGACUGCGUCUGAUCAAGGUGUACUGAUCGACAUGCUAAGAGCAAGCUCUCGAGCUACUCUGGACGUGCUAGGGCAUGCCGCUUUUGGGCUUCGUCUGGAUUGCCUGGAAGAUACUGAGCUCAUACGACCAGGCUUCGACAAGGAGCCCACUUGGUUGGACAACGAGAGGGAGAAGUCUGCCAGCUCCAGCCCGCUCAUUCGAGCCUAUGACCAGGCGCUGCAGCUAGCAUCCAGCAAUUCGCAGUGGCGCAUGUUGCUGGACAUUGCCAUCAUGUUCUUCCCUAGCUUGGUAUGGAUACCCAUUGGAACACAGAGCCGCACCUUUGGCAGGGCGCAAAAGCACCUGCGAGAGCAAGCUGAGAAAGUCGUCGAAGAUGCCAAGGCAGAUUUGGAUGCUGCGAGCGCCGAUGCCGACAAGUUGUUGCGAGUGGAAGGCGGAGCCGGCUCAUCGGCUGCAACGUAUCGUGGUGAAAGGGCAGACUUGCUUGCAAGCAUGAUGCGAGCAAAUGCCCUAUCCAAACAGGCCGCUCGCGAUGCAAGUGAAAGUCACAUUCCCGAAGCGUUUUUGCAAGCUCGGGCAGCGGGUGAUUCAGGGGCUAAAUCGGGAGAGAAAAGGCAAGGGUCGCACAGUCCUUCACCAGUCUCGCCUCGCUCGCCCUUCUCUCGCUGGUCAAGCGUUCCAGAAUCGCCAAUGUCCUUGCAAAAGGCCACACUCGCAGAUGAAGAAGUCGUCGCCCAAGUAUCGACGUUCAUGCUUGCAGGCUUUGAAACCACCUCCACCCAGCUCACUUGGACCCUGCUCUAUCUGGCGGAGAAUUCCGCCUGCCAAGAAAAGAUGCGCGAGGAGCUUCGGGCUAAACGUACAGAACUCGGUCUCAGCCCUGUUGCUGGCUCUUGGCUGGGAACAGAGGACAUAGAUACACACACCGAUGCGUUCGGAGACCUUGAGAGGGAGCUGACUAUAGACGAGCUGGAAACACUGCCGUACCUGGACGCCGUCGUUCGAGAGGUCUUGCGGUUGCAGCCAGCAGGUGAGUCGCUAUAGCAGAAGUAGGUCGGAUCGUGAUUCUACUGCAGCUAAAGCGUAUGUCCCUCUUGACAGUCCACACCUCUUCGCGCGUUGCUAGCGAGGACGACGUCAUUCCGGUGGAUCCUCUAGCUUCGCCGAAUGUGCCGCGCUCGGGCGUGCGAGUGGAGAAGGGAUUGAUGCUGAUCAUCCCGCUUACCGCGAUCGGCAGAGAUCCUGAAUUGUGGGGAGAAGAUGCGGACAAAUUCAGGCCUGAACGCUGGAUCGAGGCGAGGAGAAGCGAUGGCUCUUGGGCAAUGGAAGGAGCCAAGCGGUGGUCUCGCACCGGUGGAGUCGCGUUUAUGAUGGGUCCGCGAGCCUGCAUAGGUGAGUUUGGUCAAGACGCAAAGUUGAAAGCGGCGCGAGCAAGCCUUUCGCUCAUAAUCCAUUCUGCUUCUUCAGGCAAUCGCUUUGCAGUAUCCGAGAUGAAGGCGCUCCUGUCUAUCCUGACUAGCACGCUGCAUUUUGAGAAAGGACGUCGACCUGUCACGCCAAAACGUUGGCUGGUCACCAGGCCUUGGGAUUGGACCGUCGACAGCGAACAAGCGCCGCUGAUGGUGCGCAGGAUUCAAGCGUAA